AUGGACUGCAGACCACUCAACAUUGUAAAUGACAGAGGACUAAUAGAGGUUAUUCAAAUUGCGUCUUCCAACCAGUCAUACACCCUGCCCUCCCAAGGAACCAUUGCAUCACGAAUACGUGACUUGUAUCACAGAGAGAAGACUACUAAGUUAGAGCUGCUGAAAAAUGCACAAGCUGUUGCUUUGACUGGUGAUCACUGGACAUCCUUGAGCAAUCACAGCUAUCUUGAAGUCACAGCACACCUGAUUGAUGCUGCGUGGAGACUGCAGUCAUUUGCUUUAACAGCAAUGUAUACUGAAGAGAGACAUUAUGCUGAAGCAUGUGCAGAGCGUUUCUUGGAUGUUACAAAAGAAUGGAAUAUUCAAGAAAAGGUAACAACAAUUAGUACUGAUCGUGCAAGCAAUAUGAUAGCAGCAACCAGUCGUUUGCCUUUUGAACACAUGACAUGCAUCGCUCACAGUCUUCAGCGAUCCAUCACAGUAGCGCUCCGUGCUGGUGGUUUUGAAAACAUGCUGCUAAAAUGUAGAAAAAUUCUGGGCUGUUUCAAACACAGUCUAGCUAACAGUGCAGAGCUAAAAACACAACAACCUGCAAAUGGACAGAAACAAGAAACUCUUGGACAAGAUAUUUCUGCCAGAUGGGACUCUACAUUGGGUAUGGUUCAGCGCCUGCUUAGAAAUAAAGCCACUAUCACGACCAUGUUAGCUCUUGAAAAGCACAAUCUAUCCGUGCUGACAGGUAGUGAUUUUGGAAAACUGCAAAAGCUAGAAACACUACUUGAGCCCUGCAGAUUUGUGACUGAGCUCCUUGGAGGAGAAUUAUAUGUCUCCUGCUCUGUGAUUUUACGCGCACUCUGCCAUGUAUGUCGUGUUAUGGCAGUCUCUGAUGACGACCCAGCAUAUGUUGCUCGAUUUAAGAACACUUUCACUUCCGAUUUAACAAAACGCAAAGAGGGUACCAAUAUGAGAUUUCUAAAAAUAGCUACAGUGCUUGACCCAAGGUUUAAGAAUCUGAAGUGCCUUCCAAAAUCUGAGAGGGAUGAGGUGUGGAACAUGCUGUCAGAAGUCUUAAAAGAGCAGCACUCAGACGCGGAACCUACAGAACCCGAACCACCGCAAAAGAAAAUCAGCCUUUUGUUGGUGGCAUCUGACUCGGAUGAUGAAAAUGAAGGUGUGCCAGUCCGCACUGCUUUGGAUCGUUACAAAGCAGAACCCAUCAUCCCCAUGGAGGCAUGUCCUCUGGAAUGGUGGUCGAAGCAUGAAGGGGCUUAUGAAAGUUUAGCAUAUUUGGCACGUAAAUACCUUGCAACACCAGCUACAGCAGUGCCAUGCGAACGACUGUUCUCACUUUCAGGUGACAUUGUAAAUAAGAAGCGUGCAGCAUUAUCUCCUGAGAAUGUAAACCAACUUGUCUGUCUAAGUGAUUGGCUGAAAUGCAGCAAGGUUCAUUGA